AUGAAGGCGGAGAAGCUCCGUGGCAAAGUUCUUAGCGACGCAUUGCUUGAGCGCAUAAAAAAAGAAGUGGCUCUUCUUCGGCGCCCGCCGAGUCUUGCGGUUGUCGUUGUUGGUAACCGCCAGGACUCACUGCGCUAUGUUGCGGUGAAGCAGCGAACAGCCGCGGCUUGCGGUAUUCGCUUCCACCUUCAUAAGCUUUCCGAAACCGUGCCAGAGGGACUGCUGCACCGAGAACUCCGACGCAUCAGUGACGAUGAUGCGUUUGACGGGGUUCUUCCGCAGCUGCCGCUUCCCUUGCGCUUUCGGGUGCGUCCUGCUCUCCUGUGUAUUCACCCUGGCAAGGACGUGGACGGCCUUCACCCACUUAAUGCGGGAAGCCUUUUACUGCAUGCCAACCCUACCUACGAUGAGGCUGACCAAAAGAGUACCUUGACGGAGAAGGGCGAGUCACUGGCCACAUGUCUUCUGAAUGAAGAACGCUACUUUAUUCCUUCUGCGGCGUUGGCAGUGCAUGCGCUGCUUUUUUCUUAUUUGGAAAAGACUGCGGCCGCCGCGCUGACGCCUCCAACGAAUCGUAGAAAUCUGCACGCUGUAAUCAUCAACAAUAGCAUGCUGAUUGGUGUCCCGACAGCCGCCUUGCUACAGAGGGAGAAAAACUUCAUUGUGACGCUUUGUGGCCGGUUCAACGACCUGGAGGCGGUGAAGCAGGUCAGUCGUCACGCUGACAUCCUCGUGACUGCUCUCGGCAAACAGCGUGUGGUGACUGCGGAUUUUGUGAAGCCUGGGGCCAUCGUGCUGGAUGUGGCGAUCAACGAGGACUCCACCGCCGGAGGAAAGACGCCGUCUGGCCGUCGGCGCUUGUGCGGAGACGUGGACGUGGCGUCCGUGGCUGAAAAAGCGGCCGCAUUCUCGCCGGUGCCGGGGGGCAUCGGGCCCUUGACGAUUGCGUACUUGAUGCAAAACACCCUCAAGGCCGGCCUCCUGGCCGAACACGGCAUAAACUGCUCCCUCCCCCACUUUGCCUCCGCGCAGGAGGGGGCGAUGUAG